AUGAAGUCUGAGUCCAUCAAAAUCAAGCAUCCACACUCGAGGGAUGUCAAACUACCUGUGGUGAUGACAAUUGCCGGCAGUGACUCGUCAGGCGGAGCUGGAAUUGAAGCCGACUUGAAAACGUUUAGUGCGUUUGGUGUGUAUGGGGCAACUUGCAUCACCGCAUUGACUGCUCAAAACACUCGUGGAGUCGUUUCAUUUGAAAAGACGUCUAAGGAGUUGGUUGCUAAGAUUUUGAAAGCCAAUUUGGAUGAUUUUUAUGGGUAUGACAAUGCGCCAUUAAAAGUAGUGAAAACCGGCAUGUUGACAAAAGAGGCCAUUGAAGAGAUUGCUAAGUGUAAUCUUGAUGUCAAGUUUGUCAUUGAUCCAGUUAUGGUUAGUACCUCAGGUAGCCAGUUGUUUGACUUGGAUGGAAUAAAGUAUUGUGUGGAGCAGUUGAUGCAAAACGCAUAUCUAAUUACACCAAACAUACCAGAAGCUAAGGCGUUGUAUGGAUUGUUCAAAAGUCCACCUGAACUAACCAAUCUUGAAGAGUUUAAAAAAUUUGUUGUGGAAUUGCAGAGCUACAUUGGAUGCCAGAAUUUGUUGGUCAAAGGAGGACAUAUAUUGUUUGACAGAAAUGGGGAUACAACCAAAAACGGUACGCAGAUUAUUGACAUUCUAUAUGAAUCUGAAUCUGGAAAGUUGACUCUUUUUGAAUCCAAGUACAUUAACUCAGAAAAUACACAUGGUACUGGGUGUACUUUAGCUUCGGCAAUAUCAGCAAACAUUGCUAAUGGAAAGAGUAUCGCUGAUGCCAUUACGAUCUCCAUUGAUUUCAUUCACAAAGGAAUGUUGCAAAUCUCGAAAUUGGGAUUCGGAAGUGGUCCAUUGAAUCAUAACUUGACUCCAUGUACUCAAGUCACUCAAAUAACUGAAGCUGGUGACAAUGAGGUUUUGAAAUUCAGUGAUGACAACACGUUUAUUGACUUUCUAACUUCCCACCCCAAGGUGAGGCAAACUUGGCAGAAUUAUGUUGAGCAUCCCUUUGUGAAAAAAUUAGCUGAGAACUGUCUUCCAUUUGAGAGCUUUUUCUACUACUUGAAGCAAGACUAUCAUUAUCUUAUUAUCUAUGCUAGAAUGCAUGGGUUGUUGGCCUCGAAAGCCCCUACUUACCAGCAGACACAUGCAGCGGCAACAAUAAUAGGAGAAAUAAUCACCGAAAUUGAACAUCACAAAAAGAGACUCAAGGCCUACAAUGUCGAUUAUGAAAGAGAUGUUGAGGACUUGAAGCCUGGGAAAGCUUGCAUAGAGUAUUGUGAUUAUUUACUCGAUAUAGGACAGAAAGAGGAUUACUUGGGAAUCAAAGUUUCCUUAGCUCCGUGUUUACAUGGAUAUGCUGAGGCAGGGGUUUACGGUAAGAAGUUGAGAUCAGAAAACCCUGUUCAAAUACCAGAAGUGUAUCAAGGUUGGUUGAAUGAGUAUGCCUCGGAUUGGUACGCAAAAGCUGAUAAAGAGGGACGUUUGGCAUUGAAUGCCUUGGUUGUGAAUGGAAUAACCAGGAGCCGAGUCGAGGAACUAGUAGAGAUUUUCAGAGAAGUUUCUCAGUUGGAAAUCAACUUCUGGAAUGAAGUCUUAGAUAUUUAA